GCCAUCGAGUGCACGUGGCAAAUCUUUGUUCACAGGUGGUGAUAGUGGGCAAUGGAGCUGUGGGGAAAUCGUCAAUGAUCCAAAGGUUUUGCAAGGGCACUUACACAAGGGACUACAAGAAGACGAUCGGUGUCGAUUUCUUGGAACGGGAGAUAGAGGUAGAUGGCGAGGACGUAAGACUGAUGCUGUGGGAUACUGCCGGUCAAGAGGAAUUCGACGCAAUCACCGCGGCUUAUUAUCGUGGCGCCCAUGCCUGCGUCCUCGCUUAUUCAGCUACCGACAGAGAUUCCUUCGACGCCAUUCCUUCGUGGAAGCUGAAGGGACGAAGCUGAGAGGCUUGGUCGCGCUCUAGGCUGCAAGCUUUUAAGAACGUCUGUGAAAGAGGACGUCGGAGUCAUGAGCGUCUUCCGGCACUUGGCGUCACGAUGUCUCCACGAGAUGCGUCGCUGCGACGACGAUUAUCAGGAUGACCUGAGAUUGUACUCAGCCGGGCCUAGAUCUCCUUCUGUAAUAAGUGCAUUUAGUCCAAAUGGAUCCACAUGUGGUCGGAGUACAGGGAAUGGUACCAUAGUCUUGCGGCCAGGAGCCAAGGCAAAGAAUCAUAAAAAGAGGAAUUUUGUAAAAAACGCUUGUAGGCUACUUUAAUCUUUGCGUGGAUAAGUACGCGAUAAAUUGUAGCGAAUACUUCAACCAUGUACAGACUUAUAUAUUCGUAUUUAUGAAAAUAUAACUAAUUUUUAUAUAAUUGUUUCGAUGCUUAUAAAAUGAUUUGACGAUACACACAGUGUAGAGUAUCAAAAACAUAACAAGAGAACACAUGAAUGCAAAUAAUUUUGAACAAUAUUGUUACAUUCAUUAAUUUGUGAUAUAUUUCCUUUGAUAAACUAUUUUAGAUGAACAAUUAUAAAUGAACUGCCAUUUUACAGCUCACUUUCAACUUAUUUCAAUUAUGCAUUUAAUGUUUAUUAUAAUUAUAAAUGAAAAAAAUAUAUAUAUAACUACACACUUUGCUUAUUUAGAUACUUUCAUUAAACAAAACAUAAGAAAAGUAAAAAAUUUUAGAAAAUAUAUUAAGUACAAAAUAAAGAAAAAGAGUAUAAUUUGUUUCAAAUUGUAACUGAAUAAUUUUUCAUGUUGAAGUGAUAAUGCAUCUUUUUAUAUAUGAAUUCUUUUUAUAAAAUAUUAAUUUUUCUAAUAUUUGCAUAUUAUAAAUAUAUGUAAAUAUGUUAAUUUUUAAACAUUUUAUUGUUUUAAAUAUUCCCUGUAUUAAGUACUUUUUAUAUUUGUGUUAAAAACAUAAAAUAUUUUUUAAUAGAUUUAUGUUUCUGUAAAUAUGAACGCUGAAAAUGAACAUAAUAUCUUUUUAUAUAAGUCACAUACUGAGUUAUUAAAUUGUAAAUCAUUAGUGAAAGGAAAUGAUACAAUUUUAAAUAUCUUAAUUUAGUAAAAUAGAAUGUUUAAUAAUUAAAAAUGUUUUAAAUUACUUCACAUAAGUUCUUAAAAAAUAUUAUUGUCAUUAAUUUAUAUGUAAACAAAUACUGAUAUAAUAGCUAACCAAAUAUUCUAGUUUAUAAGGAAGAAAAUAUUAUGUUGAUAAAUAAUACUUUUUUGUGAAUCACAACUAUAAAAUAUCAUUAAAAAUAAAUUGUUUUAAUUUUUAAGGAAUCUAUUUUAA